AUGGCGGCGGACGGCGGGAGCGGCCCAGACUGCCCCGCGGCACUCUUUCCCACGCCUCCUACGAUAAAGUUCAAAUUGAUUAACAUGGCAUACAAAUCUCUGUCUCCAUUACAUGACUAUGUACAGAAUCAUUUUACAAGUGCAAGAAUGGCUUUGAUUGGACUUGGUGUGAGUCAUCCUGUUCUAAAGCAAGUUGCUGAACAGUUUCUCAACAUGAGGGGUGGGCUUGGUUUAUCUGGUGCAAAGACCAAGUACCGUGGAGGUGAAAUUCGAGAACAGAAUGGAGACAGUCUCGUCCAUGCUGCUCUUGUAGCAGAAAGUGCUGCUGCAGGAAGUGCAGAAGCAAAUGCGUUUAGUGUUCUCCAGCAUGUCCUCGGUGCUGGACCACAUGUUAAGAGGGGCAGCAAUGCCACCAGCUCUCUAUACCAAGCUGUUGCCAAGGGAAUUCACCAGCCAUUUGAUGUUUCCGCUUUUAAUGCCAGUUACUCAGAUUCUGGACUCUUUGGGAUUUACACUAUCUCACAGGCUGCAGCUGCUGGAGAUGUUAUCAAGGCUGCCUAUAACCAAGUAAAAACAGUUGCUCAAGGAAACCUUUCUAAUACAGAUGUCCAAGUUGCCAAGAACAAGCUGAAAGCUGGGUACCUAAUGUCAGUGGAGUCUUCUGAGGGCUUCCUGGAUGAAGUUGGGUCCCAGGCUCUAGUUGCUGGUUCAUAUGUGCCGCCAUCCACAGUCCUUCAGCAGAUUGACUCGGUAGCUGAUGCUGAUGUCAUAAAUGCUGCAAAGAAGUUUGUUUCUGGCCGGAAGUCAAUGGCAGCAAGUGGAAAUUUGGGGCAUACACCUUUCGUUGAUGAGUUGUAGUACUGAAACACAUAUUGCAGGAAAGAGCUGAACAUUUUCUCAACUAAGAGCAGCAAGUAUGUGAAAGUGAAAAGUCUCUAAUGUAACAUUUAUCUUUUUUCCAAUGAGAUGAAAUAUCAUAAAGCAUAAAUGCAGGUAAUUGUUCCCAACUGACCUAAAGUCAAUAAAACUUCUGUUUAAAUGUU